AUGGAAUACGGCAUUAAUUUACCACUUGCUCAAGGCUUAUAUAAUAACGGAGACAUUCGCACAUUCGUCAUCUUGCAUCCUGCUGUUGUGGGGUUGAGGGGAAUGAGCAGGAGAGAGACGGGUCACUUCUCCACAGACAGGAUCAUGCUGUGGCCUGUGGCAGGGUCGCAUCUUGGCAGAGGCCGCUUGACAGCCAAUGCAGCCCGUCAAACCGGGCAGCAGUGCCCGCUCGGAGUGUCUAGCGGAGGAGCCGUUACGCGUCCCCAGCAGGCCACAGGAAUGCGGCAUAUUGAGCUCACACCGCCAGGAAUCUGUGGGGAAGCCACCCACAGCAGGCAGUCGGGGCCUCAUCAAGCUCCGAUGCAGCGCAGUGUAAGCGACGGGCCGAAGGAGCACCAUCUUCGCCGGGGUCUGGGGAUAGGCCAGCAACCCCACAGUGGAACGUGGAGAAGGAAGUCUAACCCCACGUUGGUGCUGCAAGUUCCCCAUAAACACGGCGCACGUUCCCCAUGCAGGUUGCCCUGGUUGGGGAAGCGUGCGGGGUAG